AUGUCGCAACAAGCAACAAUUGAUUCAUCAUCAUCGCCAGCAAACAUGUAUUUUCCGGUGCAAACAAAAAUUUCAUGCCUCUUUGAAAUUGAAUUUUUAGAGAAGGAGAAGAAAGUUCUUGCUGUCAAUAGAUUAUAUAAGAAGGUUGUUAAUUUACCAACCAAUUCUGAUGAUAUCCGAGUGAAUCCGACCAUAAAAAUUGAUGGCACUUGUUGUCUUGUUCGUCAAGAGAAAUUAUUUAAACGUUAUGAUAGAAAAUUGAAUGCUUCGGGAUCGAAGAAGAAUAAGCAAUUUCAAAAAGAAAUUUCUCAAGGUACUGCCGAUACUAAUAUUUUACAAUUUGAUAUUUCAAAGGAUUUUAAGGAGGGACCAAAAGGAUGGAUACCUUGUGAUAGUAUUGCUCAUUUAUUUACUGAGGAGAAUAAUUCAAAUGUGGUUUCGUCUCAACAUUUAGUGGGAUGGAUUCCUGUGGAUUCUAAUGAUGCUGCAGAUAAAUGGCAUUCUUCUGCGAUAGUUUCGAUUAAUAAUGAGCCACAUGCCAUAAUGUUAAUUCCCUAUUUUGACCAAAAUGAUGAACAAGCCAAGUUUUCAGUUGAAUUUAGAAAGUUAUCAAGUUUAGAAAAUCAAACAUUGGAAUUAAUUGGAUCAAAAAUUAAUGGUAACGUUUAUAACUUUCCUGCAAAUGAAAAACAACACUUUUUAGUUCCACAUGGAUGGGCUUCCUAUUCUUGGAAAGCAAGUAAUGCAUUUUUGGAGAAUGUUAAAGAGCUCACCGUGGAAAAGCUUAAAUCUUGGUUCGAAGAUGAAUCCAAUAUCAUGAGUAAAAGUGAAGGUAUUGUAUUUCACAUAAUGUACAAAACAGAGGAAGGUAAGGAUAAGGAAAUGCUGAUCAAAAUACACAGACACCACCUUAAUUUGGAUUGGCCUUUGAAGGGCUCUGCCAUUCCACAAUUUCAAUAUCAGUUGCAAUGGAUAGAAGAAGUUUUGAGACUCAAGAGUGAAAAUAAACUCUAA